UGGCAUGUCGGAUACGAUCAUCCUUGAUAUCAUUUCCAACUAUUUGGUUUUGCCCAAUCGGAUCACAGUACCACUGGUUGAUGAGGUGCAGCUGGCUGAAUUGCGUUUUCCUGUACCGAAAGGGCUUUUGAGAAUACACUUCAUUGAAGCUCAGGAUCUGCAAUGGAAGGACAAGUUCAUGAAGGGACUUGUGAAAGGAAAAUCUGAUCCAUAUGGUAUUCUGUACAUUGGUAACCAGAUGUUCCAAAGUAAGACUAUCAAAGAAAACCUUAAUCCAAAAUGGAACGAGGUCUAUGAGGCACUAAUUUAUGAAAAUCCUGGUCAAGAACUUGAGAUUGAACUUUUUGAUGAAGAUCCAGACAAAGAUGAUUUUCUUGGCAG